AUGCGGCGGGGCGGGGCCUUGGCGGCCAUGGCGGCGGAGCAGCGGGAGCUGGGGCGGCUGUCGGCGCUCGCCGUGUACCGCCGGGUAGCGGGGGCCGGGCGGCUGGAGCGGCGCCGCCGCGGGGCGCAGCUUCCCGCGCGCCGCAAGCGGGCCAAGGCCCGGGCGAGGCGCGGCCGAGCGGGAGGCGGCGGCCCGGAGCCGGAGGCCCCGCCUCGGCCGGCGUCGCCGCCCGCCGCGCCCUCAAGCCGCGUGGAGCUCCCGGUGGAGGUCCGCGGGGAGCCUCAGCCCGGGUGGGCGGCCGCUGGGCCUGAGGAGAAGCCACGGGGCGGCCCCGCGACCAUCCCGGGUGGCCCGCGGGCGGCGGGGGAAGACGACGGCGGCGGCGUGUCGGGGCUGCUGCGGCGGCUGGGGCGGCUGGAGGACAGCCGGCAGCGGGCGGCAGAGCUGUUCCGCUGGCUGCUGGCCCCGGUGGCGCCAGACGAGUUCCUGGGGCAGCACUGGGAGCGGGCGCCGCUGCUGGUGCGGCGAGGCGACCCCAGGUACUACGCGGGGCUCUUUUCCACGGCCGACUUGGACGCCGCCCUUCGGGACGGCGAAGUGCACUUCGGCACCCACCUGGACGUGACCAGCUACGCCGAGGGCGUGCGGGAAACGCACAAUCCCUCGGGCCGGGCCCUGCCUGCCGUCGUCUGGGACUUCUACCAGAACGGCUGCUCCCUGCGGCUCCUCUGCCCACAGGCUUUCUCCCCCACCGUCUGGCACCUCCUCUCCAUCCUGCAGGAGCAGUUUGGCAGCAUGGUGGGAGCCAACACAUACCUCACGCCACCAGGGACACAGGGCUUCGCCCCCCACUACGAUGACAUCGAGGCCUUUGUGCUGCAGCUGGAGGGGAAGAAGCACUGGCGCGUCUACAGCCCCCGGACGGAUGCCGAGGUGCUGCCCCAGUUCUCCAGUCCAAACCUAACGCAGGCUGAGCUUGGUGAGCCUGUGCUGGAGACGGUGCUUGAGGCCGGGGACCUGCUGUACUUCCCCCGUGGCUUUAUCCAUCAGGGCAACUGUCUCCCUGAUGCACACUCGCUCCACAUCACUGUGUCUUCCUACCAGGGGAAUUCCUGGGGGGACCUUCUGGAGAAGCUCCUCCCAGCUGCCCUGCAGAUGGCCCUGGAGGAGGAUGUGGAGUACCGGCGAGGGCUUCCCAUGGACUACCUGGGGUACAUGGGGGUUGCCAACUCAGACGCAGUUGAUGCUCGGCGAACAGCCUUUAUGGAGAAGGUGCAGAGCCUGAUAAAGAGACUCAUUGACUAUGCACCCAUUGAUGCUGCCGUGGAUCAGAUGGCCAGGUCAUUUCUUCAUGACUGUCUGCCCCCUGUGCUUACACAGAGUGAAAAGGCGCAAAGUAUCUAUGGCUUCCCAGCCCGGUGGCAAGAUGGAGGCCCUCACAAUGUUGAUAUACAGAUAACAAAAGACACCGAAAUACGCCUCCUCCGCCAUGGCAUUGUUAGAUUAUGUAAUGAAGAAACAGGUGUGAUGCUGUAUUACACGACAGAAAACUCAAGAGUGUAUCACAAAGAAGAACCCAAGUUCUUUGAGCUAGAUCCCGAGUAUACAGACAGUAUAGAAUUUCUGCUGUCUUCCUAUCCAAAUCACGUCAGUGUGGGUAACCUUCCAUGUGAAACCUUGGAGGAGAGGAUUUCUCUAGCCACACUCCUGUUUGAGAAGGGCAUUCUGACUACGAAGAGGCCUCUGGUGCAAGUGUAACUCUUAUUUUUUAACCAAAUAAACAUACAUUUGUUUAGGAA